CCACUUCUCUCUGUCUCUGUAUAUAUAAACCUUCGCUUCUCCUCCUCUGCGGUGCCCUUCUGAUUCCGCUGUUUCUCUUCGUCUGGAAGAGAAAAUACUCUAAUUGUUUUGUUUCUACUUCUGAUUUUGAUCCAGAGAAAAAAGAAAAUGGAUGUUCUGCACUUCUUGUUCGGCGUUCUUGGAAAUGCGACUGCUCUGUUUCUGUUCUUGUCGCCAAUAAUUACUUUCAAGAGAAUCGUAAAGUGCAAAUCGACGGAGCAAUUCUCCGGCAUUCCCUACGUCAUGACGAUGCUCAAUUGCCUUCUCUCUGCUUGGUAUGGUCUGCCAUUUGUGUCCCCACACAACCUAUUGGUAUCGACGAUCAACGGGACAGGGGCGGCGAUUGAGAUCAUCUACGUGUUGAUCUUCCUGAUCUACGCGCCGAAGAAGGAAAAGGCGAAAAUCGGCGGGCUGUUUACAUGUGCGAUGGCCGCCUUCGCCGCCGUGGCGCUGGUCUCGCUCUUCGCAUUGCACGGCCAAAACAGAAAGCUCUUCUGCGGCCUUGCUGCUACCAUUUUCUCCAUCCUCAUGUAUGGCUCGCCGCUCUCCAUAAUG